AUGUCAGCCCAAUCUCCAAACAUUGUAGCAUCACACUACAGAAUCGACGUCAAGAUUGGAGAAGGUUCGUUUGGCGUCAUAUUCAAAGGGUAUGAUCUAUUACGGAACAAUCAGCCUGUUGCAAUCAAGUUUGAGUCUCGCAAGACCAAGGUUCCACAACUGAAAGAUGAAUUUACUGCCUAUAAACAACUCAACAGUCGCAUUGAAUACCAUAGAAGAUAUCAACAAGGACAAACUUCGCUGGGAGGUCAAGAUACAGACGAUGAGAACCUGGAUGUGGUCAAGUAUGAGGGAAUACCCAAAGUGUAUUAUUUUGGCAACGAGGGGCUCUAUAACAUACUGAUCAUUCAACUUUUAGGCCCUUCCUUGGAGGACUUGUUUGAUUGGUGCGGAAGACAGUUCUCAAACUUGACAGUAGCUAUGAUUGCUCGUCAGAUGAUUGAACGAAUCCGUUUAGUGCAUGAUAAUUUGUUGAUUUACAGAGAUAUCAAACCAGACAAUUUCCUCAUUGGUGAUUAUGAAGGAACGGGUCAGGAUAACUUGAUUUACUUGGUUGACUUUGGAAUGGUGAAGCAAUACAGAAAUCCAAACACUGGAAAACAUAUUCCGUAUAGAGAGAAGAAAGCAUUGAGUGGCACCGCUCGAUACAUGUCCAUCAACACGCAUUUAGGAAGGGAACAGUCCAGAAGAGAUGAUUUGGAAAGUCUGGGGCACGUUUUCCUUUAUUUUUUGAAAGGAGAAUUGCCCUGGCAAGGUUUGAAGGCUAACAGCAACAAGGAAAAGUACGAAAAGAUAGGAGAGAAGAAAAGAAAUACCCCAUUAGAAGAAAUAUGUGCAGGGUUUCCACCACAAUUUCGCCGGUAUAUGGAGUAUGUUCGAAGCCUUAAGUUUGAGGAUACUCCUGAUUAUGCUUAUUUAAUUGGGUUGAUGAAUGAAGUGGUGCGAAUCGAGACGGAAGGUAUAGAGCCUAUUACCCCUGCACCAGCUUCCUCGUCCUCCCAAGCUCCAUCGGUAGACCUUCGAUACGAUUGGAUGAGGCUUAAUGAUGGGAAAGGGUGGAACUGGGCAACCAACAAGAAGACAAACCUAAAUGGUUACUCGCAGCCCAAGAAGAAUAGACCUACUCCUGUUAGCAAUCUCCCACAGAGGAAGAGGACUGAUAAGAAACUAACUGAUUCCAAGUUCCCCAACUAUGGAUCUAACUAUGGAUCUAAUAAUUAUGCUCGCCAACAGGCUGAAACUACCGAGAGAUCUCAUUCAUACUGUUGCUGCUGGUAG